UUUCAAUCCUGAAAUGGAGACUAUCAAACCUAGACCAGAUUUGGUCUCCGUACAAGUGCGAAUCUUAUGACUCAUAUAUAUGGAACCUGCUGCGAUCUGUAGGGCGCGAGCGUGAAUCCGAACAGUUGGGUUCAGCAAUCGACCAACACAUGUUCAAUCACUUCAUCCAUGACGCAAAACGCUUAGAAAUCCAAUCUCACCAAAACAAGCACAAUGGAAUGGUUGGAUCUGUUAAGAUGAUUGAGAUGGUAUUGUGGAAGGGCGUACCACGAUUUCCGCCGGUGAUUUCUCCGUUAAAUAUUUAUACGCUUCAUAUCUCCGGGGGGUAGCCUCUGAAUACUCUUUGUCUCUUCAUAUUCCGUACUCAUAUUUCAUUCUCAACCCGAGCGUUUCUAAUCAUUGCUCUAGUCACAUUUUUCAUGUCAAAUCCCUAUUAUCACGUCUGGCACGGUACUACUCCAGUUCAAUAGAGCACCAUGGCACCUGACAUUCAGCCGUUCAAAAUCCACGUCUCCGAGUCUGCCAUCGAGUCGCUGAACGACAAACUCGAUGCAUCCCAAUUUCCCGAGGAGACCACCUUCUCCGAUGACUGGAAAUACGGCACUCCCUUAUCCGAUAUCAAGCACCUGGCCCAACACUGGCGCGAGAAGUUCAACUGGCGGCAACAGGAAGCCAAGCUGAAUGAAUACCCGCAAUACACUACGAGUGUCAACGUUGAUGGCUUCGGCGAAGUCGAGCUUCAUUUCCUCCAUCAGCAGACCCGGAAUGGGAACAGCAUCCCUUUACUUUUUUGCCAUGGCUGGCCGGGUUCCUUUCUCGAAGUUCUUCGCAUCCUCCCCCUCUUGACCUCUACUGCCCCAGGAGCACCCUCCUUCCACAUCGUCGCGCCGUCCCUCCCUAACUUCGGCUUUAGCUCGCUCAUCCAAAAACCCGGCUUCUCGAUCCCCCAAUACGCCGAAGCCCUGCAUUCCCUCAUGCAAAAGCUCGGUUAUUCGCACUACGCCGCGCAGGGGGGCGACUGGGGCUUCAUUAUCGUCCGCAUGCUCGCCCAAUUAUAUCCCUCCUCUCUGCUAUUCCAUCACCUCAACUUCGUGCGUGCAAAUCCGCCCUCACCUACAGCACAUCCGUUGCUCUACCUUCAACACGCCCUGACACCGUACACCGCUGCCGAGAAAAAUGGAAUCGAGCGCACCAAAUGGUUCUGUGGCCCCGGUUUUGCGUACAACGACCUCCAGGCGCAUAGCCCGCAUACUAUUGGGAUAGCAUUAAGAGAUUCGCCACUCGCAUUGCUAGCCUGGUUGCAUGAACGGCUGGUGCAGUGGACGGACAAUUAUAAAUGGGAUCUAGACGAGGAGCUGACAUGGGUGUCGUUAUAUUGGUUCUCAGUCGCAGGCCCCGGUGCAAGUGCGAGAAUCUAUCACGAGAGUCGAUUCGCGGAGUUGGAGAAGCAUGACAAGUGCUUCGAAUAUAAUGCAGGCGUGUUGCUGGGAUUAAGUUAUUUUCCUAGGGAUCUCGUCGUUCCACCUACCAUUUGGGGCAGAACUUUAGGAAAGGUGGUCUUUGAGAGAAGGCAUGCUGAUGGUGGGCAUUUCGCCGCGUGGGAACGUCCGAACCUGGUUGCAGGAGAUUUGCAGGAUAUGGCAAAGAGGGACCCGGUGAGGAGGAUAGUAGAACAGCGGUUAGCAAUCAAGCUGGCGUGAACAAUGCUAAGAAGGUCAGAUCGUCGUGUUUGGGCAGCAUUCUGAUGCGCAAGGGCAAUCGAAUAUUGUUUUGGCCGUCAUUGAAGCUACGAACCCAGUCUUCAGUUCUAGCUCACCUGUAUCACCAGUGAGAAUACAAGAUCGGAUCAGGCUUUCAGCAAAAGUGACAUCAACAUUGCGGCGAAAAAGAAAGCCAACC